AUGGAGUACGAUCUAACAAAGAAGUUGAGCACAUUCCUCGACGCUCAUUUGUUGUUCCAACUGGUGGACUUUGCCAAGGGAUAUCCAGAGGAUGACGUUAAUCGCGCGAAAGCAGAUAUCUUGACACAGACUGGUAGAUGUGAUGAGGCUAUUGCCGCCUGCCAAAAUGUCGCUCGUGAUACUAGCGCACUGCAGGAGAAGAAGCAGAAGUUGGCCAACGAAUUGGAGACUUUGAGAGUGCAAUGCGAUGUCGCCACUCAAUACCUCAACGCGAAGAAGGAGCAUCAGCAGACUCAACCAGCAGCGACCACUGCCGCCGCAGGCAGCACACCCGCCACGACCACUGCCGGCGUCUCCACCGUCCCCGACGAUGUUGACGAGGAGGCCGCCGCCACAUCCGAGGCAGAGUCGCAGGCAAAGCUGUCGUUCACAUUUGCCAUGCUGCGCGAGAAGAUCAACGCAGAGAUCAUCGACGCCAUGUACAGAUACUCCAAGCUGCUCUUUGAGACAGGUCAGUACAAGAUCGCCAGGGAAUAUCUGGCCAUCUACGCCAAGCUCUCCAACGACAGACAGAAGACACUAAGCGCCCUCUGGGGUAUCCUCGAGUCUGACAUCCUCAGCCAGAACUGGGCUGUCGCCGUCACAGACAUUGCUCCACUGAAAGAGGAGAUUGAUAGCAACAGCUCGUCACCAGUCGAGCAACUGCAUCAGAGAGCAUGGCUCAUCCACAGAAGUCUCUUUGUCUAUUUCAAUCAAACAGAGAACAGAGCAGGUCUGGUCGACUUGCUGUUUGACGACAAGUACCUCAAUGCCAUCCAGACCGUCUGCCCACACGUGCUUCGCUACUUGACCGUGGCCGUCAUCAUCAACAGGAGACGUCCACAGACCAUCUACCAGCUGGUCAAGGUCAUUGAGCAGGAGGCCUACACGUACCGCGACCCAAUCACCCUCUUUGUCUCGAGCCUCUACGUCAAGUUCAACUUUGAGGAUGCCAAGGCACAGCUGUCUCUUUGCGAGCAAGUCCUGAAGCAGGACUACUUCCUGGCGUCAUGCUAUGAUGAGUUCAUGGAGAGCUCUCGCGCUUGCAUCUUUGAGACCUACUGUAAUAUUCACGAAAAUAUCGAUAUAGAUUUGUUGUGCAACAACUUAGGUAUAAACCCAGAGUCAUCAGAGAAGUGGAUCGUGGAAGCUAUUAGAAACGCUAGAUUCGUUGCCAAGAUCGACUCGGCAAACAAUCAGAUUAAGAUGUUCUCACAGCAUACCAAUGCUUACCGUCAGGUCAUGGACAAGACCAAGGGCCUGUUCAACCGUGGCAUUGAGAUCCUGGUGGGCAUCAACGACUCGAGAAGCCAGCAGUCAAGAAGAGGAGGUGCCGCCGGCAGAGGUGGACGCAGGGGUGGUGGUCAGCAGCAAGGACAACAGCAGCCACAGGGACAGCAGCCACAACAACCACAAGCAGCACAGGCUAAACCAGAGCCAGUUGCCGUUUAA